CUCUGCAUCUCGACGAACUCGCGACCGCGAUUUAAAUACAAAACAGAUUCGAAUGCAGACGGUCAACAUGGCAUCAUUUAAAACGCCAGCCCUUCGCCAUGUUCUUUCCUCGUCCUCCCGCGCCCUGCGUGCCUCAAAUCAGCGCCGCUGGGCCCAGGUUCACGAUGUACGCUUCCUCGCCACAACGCAACAACCCCGCGCCAUCACAGACAAGUACCGCGAGAAGCUGGAACGCAAAGCUCGCCAGGAAGGUCUCAGCAGCAUUGACGAGCUCAAGGCCGCCUAUUCGAACAAAAUCGACGAGCUGAACAAGAAAGACGUCGCCGAGCUUGCGCGACUCCGAUCGAAAAUGAUGCCACAACAACAACCCACACCACCACCCUCUCCGACAAGCGCGUCCUCCCCGUCUUCGACCGCUAGCCCUACCUUGUCGUCAUCAGAUUCCGCAUCCUCGACAAUAGAAACAUCAUCUACACUAUCAUCGGAAUCACCGGAGUCAGCAUCCUCUGCGGCUCGACCGAAAAAGCCCGCCUCCUCGGGCAUAAAGACAUUGGCAGAGAUCCUCAACCUCCCCAAAGCACGCGAACUGCCCGCAAAAGAGCUAACGGCCAUCUGGCGCCUCCGCAACGCCUCGAACCCCAACUCCCUCUGCGCCGUCAUCCCCGCCGCCACCUACGCCACCAUGGAAGCCACCGCGCGGCGCUACCCGACCUUCGUCCUCCCCGUGCCGCGCGAGGGCCAGGGCGCCGAGAUCCACUUCCUGCAAUGGGUCUUCGACGACGUCGAGACGCACACCGCCAGCGUGCUCUUCACCCAGCUCGCCGAGUUCAAGGCCCGCGGCGAGUUCGCCCAGCCCCACACCACCAUCACCCACCACUCCGACCUCGCCCGGGACAGCGCCAGCGGCCUCGUCCUCAUGCAGGGCCAGGUCGUCGACGGCCGCGGCGCCUCGGUCGAGGACGCGCGCUGGCUCGUCGUGUGUCUGCAGCGGUUUUAUGGCGGGUGGGACGUCGAGACCGCGGGGGAGCCGGACGCCGAGCGCUUGAAGCGGGCCCUGGAGAGGAGGAGGCUGCUGGAGUGGUUCUCGCAGGCUGACCCGAAUUUUACUGUCGAGAAGCUUUUGGAGGAGGCUGAGCGCAUGACUUAGGGACAUUCUCCCUCUGUAAUAGUAUCUCUGUUAGAAUAGGUUGUGACGGGAACACCGAGUGCCUUCGGCCGCACGUCUCGGUCAUGCACUCGUAGAGCAUACGCUGGGGCAAGCCGUGGGUGGAAGGGAAGGGACUUUUGACACAGGUCCGUGUAUCAAACAGAUGUAAAAGAGUUGACAAGGAACGUGAGGAAACUAUUCUUGUAUAUCUAAUUAAAGCAACAUGAUGCUUUCCGUCCACUC